ACCACGACAUGGCACACCAGCAUGAUCAUAAUCACGAUCACGACCACGGUCAUGAUCAUGAUCAUGAUCAUGACCACGGCUGCGGUUCCGGACACAAUAUGGUGUUCCACGCGGGAGUCUGCCAGGAGAUCCUGUUUAACGGUUGGAUGACCACAACAGCAUUGGAGCUGUUGGGGUCGGCUGUGGCAAUCUUUCUCGCUGCCGUCCUCUACGAGGGACUCAAGUACUACAGGGAGGCCCUCCACGCGAGGGCCACGACCGCGAAGGGAGACUCCCAAGUUAAUAUCACCAAGAAUGAGUGUGGGGCUGACGGUGCUUGCGGAGGACCGGCUGUUGUUAAAUACUCAAUGCUAUCUUCAGGUCACAUAAUCCAGACGUUAUUACAUUUUAUCCAGUCGACAGCCUCGUACGUUCUUAUGUUGGUGUUCAUGACAUACAAUGUAUGGCUUUGCCUAGCCUUGGUAUUAGGCCUAGCGGUAGGCUAUUUUUUCUUCGGUUGGAGAAAAACCACCAUCGUGGACGUAAACGAACACUGCCAAUAAGCCCUAUGACACUUAUUUCUAAGACAAAGUAUUUUUUAUUAAGGACAUGCCAAGUAAUUUUAAAACAUAUCGUAAGAUAGCGUUAGUGAAUCGUAAUAUUUCAAAAAUUGUAAAAUGUCUAUUUUUUAUUAUUAGUAAUCUAUAAACUUUAUUGAAAAUUCGGAAAAAUACAGGUACAAAUUACCGCCUAUGGUAGUAUACUUUACUAUAUUCCUUACCUAUAUAUUUUUAAGAAACGCACACUGACGUAACUUAUUAUGUGCAUGUAAUAUUUUACAUAGGUACUUGUAAAUGUUUGUAAUGUUAAUAUUUGUAAUUUUUUUUAAAUUCUUGUAUAAAUACGUAUAUUAAGUAUAUGUAUUUACACAAAUUAUAUUCGUAACACAUAAUACUAAUUAACCGCUUGUUAUGCGCCACCUAGUGAUAAGUAGCUAUCAACAAAUAAAAUGAUAGUAAAGAAUACUAGAUGGCGGGCGGUAACAUGAGGAACAUUUAAAUUGCAAAAUUAUUUUAUAAAAUAUUAUAGUGAUAUAAUAGCUCAAUUGUUAUAAAAAAAUAAUAACUGCUUAUAAAUAUUACGUUUCCUUAAUGCGAAGAAUCUUGCCCUUAUAAAUUUUUGAUAAAAUGAAUUUGUUUAUUGUAAAUAAAUUGAUAAAACAUUCCUUUUAUUUUCUAUUUUUUAAUAUUAGUAAUUUAAAUUCUUCACUCUACACCAGAUAUUUACAUCAAUAGUAUUUUUCACUAUUGAAACUUGUGAUAUUGUAUUAGUUAAGAUUAUGUAAUUUUAGAGUAUUUUGUUAGUUAGAGAUCUUUCUAUUUUAUAUAUAAAAGAUAAAUGAAAUACUGCAAUAAAACGUUUAAUUACAAA